CCGACGAGGCUGAUAUAAACGCGCGACAACACAACAUACACAGUACAGGACAAAACUCAGACAUAAACUCAAACUCAAAACACAACGCAUCAAUACAGUUGCAUUAUUUCUUUCCAGAUCCAACUAAGAAUAGCAAUGGGAAUAGAAGAUACAGAUAUUUGUAUCAUCAAGGAGCCAGAUCAUGUCGUAGUAUAUUCGGAUGGCGUUUCCCAUGAUUCAGGUCAUGAAGCAGGAGGAGAGCAUCACAAUAUUACAGAGUCUUAUGAACAAAUCAACGAGACAACUGAACAUCAUAGUUCAGAGGAGAGUGCAAAGGAGUAUGAAGUGAAGGAAUGCACCACAGAAGUUUCUGUUAAGGUCUCUGAUGUCAAUAAUCUUAAAAAAUGCGAGGAAAAGUUAACCUCAGAUUCUGAGGAUGUUGUCAGUGAGAAAAGUUUUAAAUCCCACAAAAUAAGGGGUAAACACAAGCCACGAGACACUGUGAAGAAUGGAUCACGACCUCCUGCUGGAAAUAUUCAUAGCAGGUGUACAGGCAGUGCCCAAAUCAAGCCCACAGUUCCACAGCCAUUUUCCUUAGCAACCGAGAAGCGUGCUUCGGUUGGAACUCGUCCUGCUUUUGAAGAAGACAAGGGCAACAGUGAGAGGAAAUCUUUAAAUAAAAAAAGCGUGCUAUCUCCCAAUAUGUUUAAACAGAAUCAGUUGUUAGCUUCAAGAAAGCCAUUGCAACCUGAUAACAAGAAGCAUCCUGAUGAGGAUGAUACUUGCUCCUUAGCUUCAAUAACCGGAACUUCUGUUCGGUCCAUCAAAUCCAGGGCAACUGUUUCUUCUGCUCCUGUGUUUCGGUCCACUGAACGUGCAGAAAAAAGGAAGGAGUUUUAUACAAAAUUGGAGGAAAAGCACCAAGCAAUGGAAGCUGAGAAGAAUCAAAGUGAAGCAAGGACCAAGGAAGAGAUGGAGGAAGCUAUCAAGCAGCUAAGGAAGAGUUUAACUUUUAAAGCAAGCCCUAUGCCUAGCUUUUACCAUGAGGGGCCUCCUCCCAAGGUUGAACUGAAGAAGCUACCAGCCACGCGAGCAAAAUCUCCAAAGCUGGGCCGGCAAAAGAGCAACAAUGGUGCAGUUAAUUUAUCUGAAGGGGGUAAGGAGAAAGGAGCUGGUAUAAGGAGAAAGCAUCAAACACUGAAGACCAACAACUAUGAUGUUAAGAGUGGUGUGAAUGACUUAUGUGACCCAAAAAACAAGGCCAAUCAUAUUGAAGAAAUUGAUAUGGCCAAAGUAACUGGACAAUCAAUUUUCUAAUUUAUAUGUAUUGGGGACUGUGGUCUUGUUUCUCCCAACAAACAUGUUUUUCCUUUAACUUAUAAGGCACUUGUUGCUGUGUGCAUUGCGUAAGUAGUAAAAUGUUUAUUUGUAAUUUAUUUCAAAUUAUUUGUAAAAUUAAAUCCUAUUGCUCAUAAGAGCAAUUUCAGCAUUUGUUUGUCUGCCUGAAGUCCAGGAUCAGAUUGUUUGAAGUCAUCAUCAAAUAAUGCUGUUCGAUUAGCAGUAAUUAUUAUGCUUCAUUGUUGCCA